AGAAUAGUGAGUUGGCUCCUCGACUAAAGUCACCAACUCUCUAUCUUCAAUCAAGGAUACUCUAUUAACCUAGGCAGAUAUUCUCAUUCUAGGUUAAAGCAGAAACAACAGGAAUUUGAUCAGGAUUCAAGUCAUUCAAUCAUUCAAGCCUCAAUCGAAUAUAAUCAAUCAUAGAAUCAGUACUUGGGUUCAUACAAUCAAACCUAACAUACAAAUCUAGGGUUCUCCAUACCCAGAUGAAUGGAAGAACUACUCCAUGGAGAAGAAAGCAAAAGCAGAAUCAGACACGGAAUUCACACUGCGAAAGAUGGAUUCCUGCUCCUGGACGUUGAUCGGCACUUCUCCAAGCUCAAGCUGGCCUCCAAUGGUGUUGAAGAUCAAUCUAGGGCACUUGGAGACUCUUGUUCGUCGCUUUCUCUCUCUAGAAAUCGCUCUCUUUCUCAAAAACCCGAAUCCUCCCGAAUUGUGGCUGAAAUUCUGCUUAAAAGGAGAAAAUCCCGACUCACACGGCCAGGGUGGCACGGCCGUGCAGCUCACCCAGUUGCCCGUGUCAGUCAAAACGCUGCGUUCCAAUUAGUUCGAAUUCCAGGCUCUUUGCACGGCCAGAGUGGCACGGCCGUGUGAACAUCCCUUCUUGCCCGUGUUUGCUCUCGCAGAAUGUGGCACGGCCAACCCGGCCACUUGCACGGCCGUGUGGAUCUUCUUCUCUGCCCGUGUCUGCUCUCGCAGAAUCCCACACGGCCAAACCACUCCUUCACACGGCCAUGUGAACAUCAGGGCAGCCCGUGUGACCUCCUUUGUUACUUGUCUCGCGCCCGAUCUUCACCCAAUCGACCCCGAACUCGCUCCUAAACCUUCAUCCACUUGCCAGGACCUGAAAUAUCACAAACAAGCACAACCUAGCGUGAAAUCGGUCUAAAACACGAGAAACCACAUCUCCAACGGUGUAAGAACAGGGGUGAAAACAUGUGUAACUAACGGUCUAUCAAACUCCCCCACACUUAACCGUUUGCUUGUCCCCAAGCAAACCAAGUCAGACACAAGGUAAGCUCAAAACAACAAGGCAUGACAUAUCGGCACAAAACACGUGGAUCAUACUAGCUUUCGAUCAGUAACACAUGGACAACUUCAAUGACAACCUAGACAACCACCACUGAUGACAUUCGAAUGCAGCAAAAAUCGAGCAAAGGAAGAGUUUCUCUUCUGUUCACCAACCAACAUAGACUUAACUCAACCACUUGUUCAAAACAGUCACAUCAUGCACAAAAUUCAAGGUAUCAGAAGUAAGACCGAGCAAUCAAGGUCCUCACCGGGAUAAAGAGUAUAAAGAAUAAGAGAAAAUGAAUCGCUCACUCUCGACCAGUGGGGUCAGGACAAUAUGAUGCGAAAAAUGCGCAUGCUCAAUCCCUCAAUCCCUAACAUCUCUUCACCAUGAAUGCAGCCUCUAAGUGCUAGAGUUCACAUAUGGGGUGUCACCACUAACUAAUCCGGAGGUCUUAGACUCAGGUUCAGACGACUGGCUAGGGUCUUGGACAUGGGGAAAAAGCCUUUUAGGUGGUGGAAGUAUUCAUACAGCACAAGGUUCCACAUUUUCAAACCCAACAGACUCACAAUCAAUCAGACCAGAAACUUUCUUUCUGCUAUUCUGCAUUACUCAAAUUCAGAACACAAGAGCGAAGGAGGUUACAUAAAUGCUAGUAUUUCUA